GGAACACUGUUGCUGGCUGCACUGGUCUAGUAACACAAGGAUUGGUGUGAUGGCAAUCAGGAACACUGUUGCUGACUUACACUGCUCUGGUGACACUGGGCCUGGUGUGGCAGUAAUUAGGAACAUUGUUAUUGGCUGACACUGCUCUAGUGACACUGGGCAUGGUGUGGCAGUGAUUAGGAACAUUGUUAUUUGCUGACACUGAUCUGGUGACACUUUGACUUGUGCUAUGGGAUUCAUGAACAUUUUUGCUGGCUGCACUGGUCUGGUGACACUGGGAAUGGUGUGGUGUUGAUCAGUUGAUGGCAUACACUGGUCUGGUAACAUUAUCCCUGGAGUUGCAGCAAUCAGGAGUACUUUUUAUGGCUGCACUAGUCUGGUAACUGGUGUGGCGACGAUCGGAACACUGUUGCUGGCUUAAGCUGGUCUGAUGACACUAGGACUGGUGUGGCUAGUGAUCAAGAAUGCUGCUGUUGACUAGCAUUGGUUUGGUAACUCAUGGACUAGUGCGGCUGAGAUCAGGAACACUGAUGCUGGCUAGUGUCACUGGGACUAGUGUAGUGGCAAUCAGGAAGACUAUUUUUAGUGACACUGGGACUGGUGUGGUGGUAAUCAGGAACACUGUUACUGGCUUCACUGGUCUGGUGACACUGGAACUGGUGUGACUGGUGUGGUUAUCUCAGUACAUGUCUCCUUUAAAGAGCUAGGUAACUUGGGCCUCCACAUACUGUAGAAGGAAAGGUCCAAAUAGUUAGUAAUCAGCUGUACUUUGUUUUUAAACCCAGUUGGCAAUAUGGCCAUUACGACUUGUCUAGUCCUGCUCCUAUGUCUGCUUUUGCCAACAUUUAAUGGUUAUUAAAAAAAAAGUACUAAUUUAUCUUUCAGAAGAGAAACCGAAAGAAAAGUAAAAAGAAGAAAGACAGUGACUCGGCAUUUAUUUCACUUCCAGCUAACUUGGAAAAUUCCACUAUUGUUGAAAGCGAUGAUGAUGAUGAUGAUGGAUGUGGCAGCCUUACAGACCUUGUUACUAGUGAAAGCAUACAACCUACUGCAUUGACUAUAGGAAAUGCUGAUGCUAAUGCUACCAAUACACCAGCCGAACCUGACGAUGGUGAAACGGUACCAAAAGAUAGGGAAGAUCCUAGUACUGGACUAGAGAAUGCAGUGUUAAUACACAAUAAAGAUGUGCCACCUAACAAGGAUGAGCACAAAAAGGAAGCUAAAGAUGAAAUGCCCAAUGUGUCCAAAAGAGAGGAAGUUUUAAUAUCCUCAAAUAAAGAAGUUCCUGAAAGCAUAGUGACUAGUUCUUCUGAUUUAGAAGUUAAGAGUGUCAGUGAGAAAGAGGCCUCCAAGGAUAAGAAGAUAAUUGCUGUUCAGGUCAAAGAACUAAACAUUUCUGAGAGUGCUUUGGACAUGUCAACUGACUCUAAACUUAAAAAGGUUGAGCUUGGAAAUGAGCAUGAGAGUCAAAAUGUACAGAACGACGAAGGAUCAAAAAAUAUUCACAGCAGUAGUAAGAAGGACACUAUUAACACAUGUAUGCAAAAUACAGGCAAAAGCGGCAUAAAACCUGAUGUGGUUAAAAAAAAUCAAAAGUCAGCUAGUUCUGAAAGAGCACUUGAAGUGGAAACAAAAGCAGAAAACGCCAAAAACAAGGUCCCACCUGCCCACAAGUGUGACAAGAAAGACAAACAGGUAGAUGCUGCUACAAAGGUUUUAGCUCAUGAAGAGAAAAACAACUGUGGACAUGCGACUAAAGAUAGUGAAUAUAUUUCUGGUGGUAGAAUUUGUGAAACUAAACUGACAACAAAAUCACAAAAUGAAAAGGAAGCUGAAGAAAGUACUAAAGACAGUCUCCCAGAUACCUCUAAUACAUUAAUCCAGAAGGAUACAAUCAAAAAUGAAAACCGCAAAGGAUCUAAAAACAUAAAUGAGAAAAAAGCAUCAAAAAAUGGAGAUGCCAAACAAAAUAACAAGGAUGCUAAGAAGGACAACACUGCUGAACUUUUGCAAGGUGGAGAUGGACAAAAUGACACAAAGGUUGAUGCUUCUACGAAGGCUGGACAAAAUGACACAAAGGUAGAUGCUUCUACAAAGGCUGGACAAAAUGACACACAGGUUUUAGCAAACAAAGAGAAAAACAACUGUGCACUGGAGAAUAAAGAUAAUGAAAAUUCUUGUGGUGAUAAAAUAUGUGAAACUGAACCAACAACAAGGCCACAAAAUAAAAUUGACAAUGAAAAAAAAACAAAUGAAAGUACUAUUGCCUGUCCCCCAGAACCAGGUAAUAGAAUGAUUCAGAAAGAUACAAAGAAGGAAGAAGAAAAAGGACCCAAAAACACGACCAAUAAAGCACAGAAAAAAGAAAAUUCCCAAAACAAUAAUGCGGAUGCUAAGAAGGGCAAAGCUGCUGCAAACCUGCAAGGUGGAGUUGGAAAUUCUUCCAGUAAAGAAAAAAUAGAUAACAAAGAACAACAAGAAGCUUUUAAAAGGGAACAUGAUCCUGACAAUUGCAUCACGUUGUAUUUCCAUGUCAUUGUUUCUAAGUAUUUUGAUGUUAAAGUUAAUGAGGACAAAGUGAUCGUGAAAGGCGGGAAGAUAAAAGGGUAUCGUGAAUGGACAGACGCCAUCUGUGAGAUGAAUUACUCAAAAGAAAUCAAGGACCAUGGAUUUCUGUAUGAAGGGCAGACUCAAGUUUCUAAGGAAAGUUUGAAUAGAGACAUCCCAUACAAAUAUGUCAUUGUGCGGGCGAAUGGGAAUGAGGAUUAUGAAUUCAUCUAUAACAAUGUUUCUGAAAUUCUGAAUCGUUGCCUGUGUAUUCAAUCCAAACACCUUUAUGGAAAAGAGUGGCACCAGUACGAUGAUGUAUGUAUGAGUGAGAAUCCUGGGAAGCUGUAUAAGAUAAGGCACCUGUGGAAAAAUCGAUAUGAAGUUAUUUUUAAGGGAAGGAUGGUCGCUGGUGAAGUCAUGCUCAGUGGCAUUUUCAGUGUUCUCACCAACAGUGAUCACAUCAAUUUGUCAAAUUUCUUUGCUCAACUUUGUCAGUUUUAUGCUGUGUAUGUUGAUCCCAUUAUAAUUGGAGACAAAAAAAUUUCAUGGAAGAGUCUUGACUUUGGAGUAAAUCAGGUAUGCGACCUCAUCUUGAAAAGUCUCAAUAGAGUCUGUGAACCUUUCCUAGACCAGAGGCCACUGCAGGAGGAUGAUAUCAAGAACAAGUUGACAGCAGGGUUGAUCUGUGUCAUAGUAGUAAAUAUGUUCAAAAUUAAUGUCCAAAGAAAGGGGCUUGCAGAUAUUUGCAGUGUUCUGUGUUUGGAUGACAUGUCCAAAGAAAACAUGAUUCUGCAACUUCAGGGUGCUAAAACUACAUUCUGUAAAAUUCCAGGGAUGGAUAACUAUUUAAGGGCCUUGUGUCAGAAAUGUAUAGAUGACAGUAUUGAUGAAUGGGUAUGGGUACUGCCUGUGUUUCAUGCAUUUACUGCUUCAUCAAAUCUGGAUGCUUCGUAUAAAGCAGCAAGAGACAAACAAGAAGAUGUAUGGGCAGGUCUGGAAGGCUUUGAAUAUCGUAAAGUGAAAAAAUGGGACAGCGAUUUUCUGAAGAAGAUGAUUUCAAAAAAAUAUUUGCUACAGGCAGACAUGACACUGAUAGAAUCUUGGCUGUGUCUGAUUCCGAUUAACCACAUGGCUGAAUUUUUGGAAAAGAUUCCAGUGAAGAUUGUUAGUGCUCUAAAAGCAUGUUACUUCAAAUUUCCUGAAGCUGAAUUUCACCACAGAGAGAAAAUUAAACCUAUAUUGAAGAAGUUGAUACAACUUAUGGAAAAGCAGGGCAAGCCUCCUAAUGCUGAUGCAUUUCAGGCAUGUUGCAAAGCUAGCCUGGACUUGCACAAAUGUAUCUGCUGCGAUCAAAUUUUGAAGAGACUACAUGAGCUCCCAGCUCUUUCUGCUGAAAUCAUUUUAACAUUGUUGCGUAUUUCGGAUCUAUCGCAUCAUUGUAAAGAAGAGGCAUCAGAAUCUACUUCACAAGAGCCUGAUCUAGAGAAGAUUUUAGAAGAUGCAUUGCUGCUGACGAACAAAUGGCUUGAAGAUGUGUUUGGGCACAGAUUUAAUUUCUAUGAGUAUGGAAAGUUUUCUUCAGAGCUUUGGGUAUGGGAUCAGAUUCUGAAGGCUGGUGAAAAUGUAACUCCAAAGUGGAAGGACUCUCUUCUGUGUGUUUUACACAGAAAGAUAAAACAGGAAGAUGCAGUUGGUCAGAUUAACUUGUACUGUAAAGAACAAUAUCAGUUUAAAGAUCUUCAUCCAUCAAUUAAUAAAUGCUUUGAAGACUGUGCAAUUGGAGCUGUGCAUAUGGCUUGCCUGUCUGAGUCCAAUAUUCUUAGUCAGUUAAGUCUGCACAAUCUGGGAAAUUUUGGCCGUUUGGUUUCAAGUGUUAUAGAAAAUUCUUGGCCAAAGGAUAACCAAGGAAAUCAUGUAAAAGACAGUGAUGGGAUUUUACAGCACCUGCUAACAUGGCCCGAUGCAACAUACAUAUUUAAACUUUAUGGAACAGAUAGCAGCAUCAUAUCGCAAUUUGGAGAGGAGAUUCAAGAACUGGUGGCUCUUUCGGAAUCUGUGUUUCUGGAAGCUGUAAGAAAUGUUAUAGAUGGAGAGGUGCUGUUUAAACAUAUGGAAAGCAUUCUAAAUCACAGGAAUCAAUUUGUAGCCAUCUGUAAACUGAAAACCGAAAAAAAAGAGAAGCUCUCCUUGUCUGAAAUAAAUCAAGUGUUGAACUGGAGGAGAGAUGAACUACAUACACUACAUUUAGAGCGUGAAUGGGUGGACAGCCUUCUCAAAAUGAUCCAGAGUGUUUAUCAGCACCUAAAAGUAAAUGUUUGUGAAAUCCUCUCAAAGCAUUCACAAGACCUGGGACCACAGAAGCUGAUGGAUAUGUUACCAGUGAGGACACUUAAUUCAUCGAAUGAAUUUGUGGAACUUGACACUUAUUAUAACCUCAGUGCCGAUUCAAUGUCCAUGGCCAAAUGCCUGAACACUUUCAGGAUUAGCCACAUCUUCACCACUUGUUGGGAGAGAGAAGCUAGGGCUCUUGCUGACAGAUUCCCUAAAGAAUCCACUGAAGAAAAUAAUGAUGGCAAUGAUUUGGAGUUCACAGUUGAAGAAAUAAAUGAUAAACUCUUCAAUCCAUGUUUUGAAAAUUGUAAGGAGAUUUAUAAUGACAUUAAAUCUGGAAACGUGACAUUUGAAGUUGUGGAUGAGUUUUUAAAAGAUUUCAAAGACAGGUACCAAGAAUUGGCAAAAGAAUUUAAACACUUGUGUCCCUUGGGAGUCAAAAAUGAUGGGAAAUGGAUCUCUGAUCGUGUGAGGCAGAUAGAACAGUAUCACCAACUUGAUGUAGCCUUUCGUUCUGCAAAGGUCAUCUUUGAAUUAAAAGGGUUUUUGAAGCUGACGGGAAACUUCAGAACUUUGGAAACCCUGCUGCAAUUUGCGGAUAACUUUGAAAAUUUUAAGAAAAAUCGUCUAUCUUGCAUCAGUGAAGAAGUAGUGAAAACCAAAAAAUUGCUGUCCGAAAUGAAUGAAAAUCACACUGCAUGUCUUAUGGAGGCUUUGAAAAGAAGAGAGUUUUUCCUCUGGGUUCAAGAAGCAUUGGAAGAUGUCAAUGAGCUAAAAGUGUUUGUUGAUCUGGCCUCGAUUUCUGCUGGAGAGAAUGAUAUGGAUGUUGACCGUGUUGCCUGCUUCCAUGAUGCAGUGCUGGGGUAUUCACCAUUACUCUAUGACUUAAAGCCUGAGUUUGGGUUCAACGACUUUAUGGAAUGCCUGAAGAAAUUAUGGAAAGCCUUAAAAAGUGACCCAAAACUUCCAGAAAAGUUUGCAGACUCUGCUCGUCAUAUAGAAUGGCUAAAGACUGUAAAAGAGAGCCAUGGUUCUGUGGAACUGUCAUCACUGUCCCUGGCAACAACUAUCAACAAAAGGGGAAGCUACAUCAUCAGAGCACCCAAGGACAACAAAAAGAUUACACCUGACAGUGUUUUACAGCUGAUUCUUAUGGAGAAUGAGGAAAAUAAGCGCAGUUACACGCUAGAGGAACUAAAAGAAUUGCUCAACAAACUUAUGCUUAUGUCAGGCAAAGGAGAACAAGGCAACUCAGAAGUUGACAAGUUUUCUGAGAUAUUUUCCAAUGUUCAGAGGCUGGCUGGAUCUUUUAUUGACCUCUACCUGGCUGGGAAUAUGCUGUUUAGAACCUGGGAAGCUGAAAUUUACUGUGAAGAUAAUGCUAGUGUCAGUGUUUUCAUGAACUUUAAUAUUGAAGAAAUUGAUAAGCUUCAGGGACAAGAAGCUCUUACUGAUUUGCUUCCCGACAUCUGCAAAACCAUGGAGAGCUUGUUAGAUGAGUGGUUGGCCUUUGUCAGCAAGAAGAGAUCUCAGCUAUACUACUUAAAUUACUACACAGCGGAGCAGGUGGUGUACCUGUGCCAGCAGUAUCAAAAGAGGGAUAUUAGUGAGGAAGCUCUUGUUAUGUUGUCUUUUAUUAAAUCUGACUGUAAAAAAAUAGACACCAUCAACUCCUACUUUCAGAAGACCAACUCCCGUUUUCAAACUGCUGUAAACCAACCAGAUAUGAUGGAUUUUGCAAUGGAACUUGAAAACUGUACAGAUGUUUCAAAGAAACUAGAGCUGGUUUGGAAGUUCUCUAUGGACAACAUGAGCUCUUUUUUCCCAGGAUGUCUGGAUCUAGACACUUUAGGUACAAGCUUAGCUGCCCUGGCUAAGCUAAAUAAGAAACCAAUAAAUCGUGACCUUCAUCCCAGUUUACAACCAGGUCAGCCCAAUCUUAUUCUUUGUCCUCCCUCAGACAUUUUGUCCUGUGCUAUAGCCAUAUAUAUGCACAGCUCUGAUGAGCAACUUCCAUCUUAUGAUGAAGUACUUCUGUGCACGCCUCAAACCACCUAUGAAGAGGUGGCCUUGUUUCUUUGUAGAUGUCUAACACCAGGGUACAGCGGGAAGAAGAUUUAUAGUUUGGUCUAUGCAGACCAGUUAAGCUAUGACGUAGGGUAUAAAUCAGAGCUGUUAUUCCAACAACUGAAGGACCAGGGCAUGGACAAUUACAGUCUUGUAAUCAUAUGUAACUCUGAUCGAGAGCAUUGCUACAUCCCUUCAGUUUUCAGCCAGUUCAAGAUUCAUAUGAUCCCCCAAGGGCAACCUGUGGCGAUCCACCGUUACCUGUGUAAACACUUUAAAGUUGGUUCUGAUGUGGUGUCGGCUGCCUCUGUAUUUAAAAAUGGAAUGAGUGCAGGAAUUGUGUCAUCAAAGCGAGCAGGAGUUGGAAAAUCUUUGUAUGUGAAAAGGCUUUACCAAAAACUUGAGUCAAGAUUUUCAAGUAAAAAGCCACUUCUCAAAAUAAUUCGGCUCAUUAAGCCAGAAGUGGAUGGGAACAAAGUAUUGGAAUCCUUGCUUCCUUUUCUAGAUGGAAAAUUUAAGAGUCGUCCUAUAAUAUUCCACAUUGAUAUUACAUCUUCUGUGAACAGUGGCAUUCCAGAGUUCCUGUUUAAACUCCUGAUUCUGCAAUAUCUGAUGGAUUCUCAGGGAAGAAUAUGGAAGCGCCUGCCCAGUCACUUAUACAUCAUUGAAAUUUUGGAAUCUUCAGACAAUUUUAAACCGUUCAAAACUGUUCCCCGAAUAGUGCAAAAUGGUUUCAUAGACUUCUUCCCCAAGAUUUCCUGCUGCUCACCAAAAGAGGUUCUCACAAAAACUACACAAACUGAUGAGACCGUUUAUGAAGUUCCAGGAAUGGACAUUGAGGAAUUUCGUAGUGAAUGUUUCCAGAGACCAUACCAAUACCUGACACUCUUUGACAUGGGACAAAAUCUAGAUACCUUUGUGUACAUAGAAGGUCACACUGAAGGUGACCCAGCAAAAUGUCUGCAGAUGUUCCUUCUUUACUGUGGCAUAGUCGAUCCUUCUUGGUCUGAACUUCGGAACUUUGCAUGGUUUCUAAAUCUUCAACUAAGAGACUGUGAAGCUUCAGUGUUCUGUAACCAUGAAUUUGUUGGUGAUACACUGCAAGGAUUCAAAAACUUUGUGGUAAAUUUCAUGAUACUAAUGGCAAAAGACUUUGCUACUCCUUCCUUGCAUAUUGCAGAUCAAAGCCCAGGAAGAUUUGGGAUAAAUCUUGAUGGAGUUAAGGAACAAGACUUGGUACCUUUUUUAUUGCGCAAGAGAUGGGAGUCUGAGCCACAUCCCUAUAUCUUCUUUAAUGAAGACCACGCCUCCAUGACAUUUAUAGGAUUCCACCUGCAGCCCAAUAAUGCUGGUGGGGUGGAUGCCAUCAAUCCUAAAAAUAAGUCCAUUAUCAGAGAAAAUGUUAUGUCCUUGCAACUUUAUGAAGGCUUGAGGCUUCAAAGAGUGCCCUUCAACACUGACUUUGACCAGUUGCCCAGGCAUGAGAAAAUAAGCAAAUUAUGUAUGGUGUUGGGAAUUCAGUGGCCGAUAGACCCUGAUGAAACAUAUGAACUCACCAUGGAUAACAUGCUAAAGAUUUUGGCAAUCAAGAUGAGAUUCCGAUGUGGAAUACCUGUGGUUAUCAUGGGAGAAACUGGUUGUGGAAAAACCAGGCUGAUUAAGUUUUUGUGUCAUUUGUGCAAGGGAUUUGUUGAAACGGAAAACAUAAAACUUGUUAAGGUUCAUGGUGGUACUACUGCUGAGACAAUCUACCAGAAAAUUUUGGAGGCCCAAGAAACUGCACAAAUCAACAAGGCAGAAGGAUGUGAAACUGUGUUGUUUUUUGAUGAAGCAAACACCACUGAGGCCAUUAGCAGCAUCAAAGAAGCCCUGUGCGAUCACACGGUAGAAGGAGUGCCUUUGCAAGAAGACUCUGGACUGCAUAUCAUUGCUGCUUGCAACCCUUACAGAAAGCACACUGAUGACAUGAUCAAACGUUUGGAAUCUGCUGGUCUAGGUUAUAAAGUGAGAGCAGAUGAGACCAAAGAAAGACUUGGCUCUAUUCCACUGAGACAGCUUGUUUAUAGGGUGCAUGCUUUGCCACCUAGCAUGAUGCCACUUGUAUGGGAUUUUGGGCAACUUAACAAUGAGACCGAGAAGAAAUACAUUCAACAGAUUGUGUUGCGCUUAGCCAAAGAGAUUCAGCUUUCUACUACUGACAUCCAAUUAUUGACAGACGUCCUUUCAGCCUCUCAGUCCUACAUGAGAAAUAAAAAUGAUGAGUGCAGCUUUGUAAGCCUCAGAGAUGUGGAACGUUGCAUAGAGGUCUUCAAGUGGUUUUUUAACCGUCAUGAGAAGCUGUUGAAACAUUGUCUAUCCCUUGCACAGAGAAGGAAAAGUACUUACAGUGUGGUAGAUAAAUCUGCUUGGUCUCUAGUUCAUGCUGUUGGCGUGUGCUAUCAAGCAUCUUUGGAAACCAAAGAUUCUUACAGGAGGGCUAUAUGCAAAUUCUUUCCUCUGCCUUAUAGAGACCCCACAAAUAUUUUUCAGGAAAUAACUUCCAUUCAAGAUCUAUUCUUGGCAGGUGUACAGUUAAGGGACACCAUUGCAAGAAAUCUUGCAUUGAAGGAAAACCUCUUUAUGAUGGUCAUAUGCAUUGAGCUUAAGAUUCCAUUGUUUCUGGUCGGAAAACCUGGAAGUUCAAAGUCUCUUGCAAAGACUAUUGUUGCGGACGCUAUGCAAGGCCAAGCAGCUCAUACAGAACUGUACAAGGACCUUAAGCAGAUCCACCUGGUGUCUUUUCAGUGUAGUCCUCAUUCAACACCAGAAGGAAUCAUUGGUACAUUUAGGCACUGUGCACGAUUCCAGGAGGGGAAGAAUUUAAAUGAAUAUGUGUCUGUAGUUGUACUUGAUGAAAUAGGGCUUGCAGAAGACUCUCCUAAAAUGCCUUUAAAAACACUUCAUCCUUUGCUGGAAGAUGGAUGCAUAGAUGAUGACACCUCACCACACAAAAAAGUUGGAUUUAUUGGUAUCUCUAAUUGGGCUUUAGAUCCAGCAAAAAUGAACCGAGGGAUAUUUGUAUCCCGUGGUGACCCAAACAGAAAAGAACUGAUUGAAAGUGCAAAGGGAAUUUGUUCUUCUAAUAACUUAAUUCUCCAUAAAGUUGUACAACACUUUCUUAGCUUCUCAGAGGCUUAUCUUGAAGUUUGCAAAACAUUGAAAGAACAAGAAAAAGAAUUCUUUGGUCUAAGAGAUUUCUACAGUCUAAUAAAAAUGGUGUUUGCAUUUACCAAACAGUCCAAAGACAUCCUUACCCUGGAUGAAAUUGCUAGGGCUGUCCUGAGGAAUUUCAGCGGGAAAGAUGAGGUGAAUGCCUUGGACAUUUUCCUAAGCGAUCAAAAGAAAAAUAUAGCAGAUAUUAAUACAAUAGAUUUGAUCAUGGAAAACAUCAGGAGUGACAGUGAUGAUUGUCGUUACUUGUUAAUAUUAACCAAAAACUAUGCUGCAUUACAGAUCCUUCAGCAAGCUUUCCUUAAAGAAAACCAGCCACCAGAAAUCAUCUUCGGCUCCAGUUUUCCAAAGGACCAGGAAUAUACUCAGAUUUGCCGAAAUAUCAACCGUGUUAAGAUUUGCAUGGAAACUGGAAAGAUGGUUAUACUGCUUAAUCUCCAGAACCUGUAUGAAAGCCUCUAUGAUGCUUUAAACCAAUACUAUGUUUAUCUAGCUGGUCAAAAAUAUGUUGACCUGGGCUUAGGCACACACCGUGUCAAGUGUAGGGUCCAUCCAAAAUUCAGAUUGAUAGUCAUUGAAGAAAAGGAAAUUGUGUACAAGGAUUUUCCAAUUCCACUGAUCAACCGUCUUGAGAAACAUUACUUGGAUAUAAACACAUUCCUAAAAAAAGAACACAAGGUUAUUGUUCAAGAGUUAGAAGGUUGGGUAGAAGAUUUCGCUAAAGGCAAGCAAAACUCCACCAUUGGUAAAGCCCAAACAUACCAGCCUUCAGAUGUUUUUAUUGGUUACCAUUCGGACACGUGUGCCUCAGUUGUCCUUCAAGUGACAGAGAACAUGAAACAAUCUCAUACUUAUACUGAAAAUAAAACAGAUGUGAGGAACCAAGCAGAACAAGUCUUGCUAAACUGUGCCACACCUGAUUCUGUUAUCCGCUUAGGCCGCAAAGACUUAAUUGAUGAGUACUUCAAGAAGCAGAAACAUGGUUCAUUAUUAGAUUUCCUCUGCUGUCAUGUGACAACUGGAUAUAAUAAUCAUACCACUUUUACAGAGAUCACAACAUUUUCCCGCCUUCUGACAUCUGCUGACAGAAAGGUUCUGGAAACCGAGUUAAAACAUCACAUCGAUGGCAUCGAAAUUUUAUCCCUGCAGCAGUUUGAUACAGAAUUCUCGUUCUUGAAAAAGAUUCGGAGUUUUCUUGAGAGUCCAUCUCGUAAUCAAAUACUGAUUAUACAAACUGAUUUUGAAGAAGGAUCCCAAGGAGCAAAUCUUGUGGCAUCAGCAAAGUACUCAGCUGUGAAUGAAAUACAAAAGGCGAAUCUCAAAGAAAUGUUUGUAUUUGUCUACUUCAUAACUAAACUUCCCAGAAUGCAAGGAGGCACAUCUUAUGUGGGCUUCCGUGGAGGAUUGUGGCAGUCUAUCCAUAUUGAUGAUCUAAGGAAGUCUAAGGAUAUGGUGGAAGAUGUUACAGCACUUCAGGAUCUCACUAUAAGUCGUCUGUUCUAUACUGAAGAGAAAAAAACAACUGUAAAGGAUGAUACUAAGCAUAAAGCAAACAUGGAAGUAGACAUGGAGGUAGAAAUGGCCCAUGGGAAUGAAGAUGUUGUGAUCAGAGGCAGAGGUGAUAAAGAAGACAUGGAGACAGCGAUUGAUAUAUAUACGGAUGAAAAAAUGGAGAUUGAAAAUGACAUUUCUGAAGACCAUGAAAUGGAAACUGAUAUUCCAUUGCAAAGACCAGAGGAUAUGUUGGAUACCACCAUUCUCAUCCGAAGCUGUGUUCAGAAUGCCAUAGGUUUAUUAAGAGAUGAAGAAAAUGUUGAAAGCCGCAGCACUAGGAGGAUUGAGAUCCUGAUAAGCCUGUUGAGCACAGAAGAUCAGAUAAAAAGUGCUUUCCUAAAAAUGUUGAUGUGGCGUCUGCAUAACUUACUAAAGAUGCAUGAAGAAAAUACCUUAUUGCCUGACCAAUGGGUCGUGCGAGAGGCUGCAAAUCAAGAUGCUUUGCAGGAAGCUGGAACUUUCAGGCAAACCCUUUGGAAACGUGUUCAGAAAGCUGUAACGCCACUUUUGUCACAAAUUUUGUCUGUGAUCGAUCGUAACGCCAACCUGGACCUCCUCGUUGACCUGAAAGUGGACAGCUAUGUGAAAUGCUUAUGGAUGUACAUUUUUCACAAUGAAAAGCUACUGCCUAUCUCAAAUACCCUCAGUUCUCAGACUGAAACCGUUCUGGUGAAGAAUUACAUGAAUAUUUCUGUAUUUGGGGAAAACCAUUUACCUUUCAGCUGGAGGAUUAAAGAUUAUCUGGAAGAUAUCUGGACUCAGGCCCAGCACAUAGCUAGUGAAGCAGGUCCUGCAAUGAAAUUUCUGGAGAUCUUUUGUAAAACACCAUUGGGAAAAUAUGUAUCCUCUCAAGAAGAGAAUGCACAAUACAACAUUUUCCUGGACUAUAAGAGAGACUUUAUCCUUAUGACUAUGAGCUUAUCCUCUGGUGAAGAGUUAAAGUUACAGAUCAUGGAAUUUGCUCUGUCUGCCUGUAUCGAAGAAUUAAGAUCUUCUACAGAGGAACCCCUACUGCUUCCAUGGGUUCAUAUUGGAUAUAGUACAUAUCAACACAGGCUGCAAAACUUGAACAGGAUUUUGGUGGUCAACCCUUCAGUAGUGGAUUCCCUCCUUCAAAAGAUUGCUGAUCCAAGGCCAAUGCUAAGAAAUGAGAUGGUUCUUGACCUCUAUGCUGCCAUUGCUUGCUUAGAAUCAUUGAAACACACUAUGCGCACUAUGGAGAGUUCAGACUCUAAAAAAUGGAUGCAGCAAGUAAAAAACAUACAAGUGCCUAUUGAAUUGACCUGUUCCGAAGGAUAUUUACAGGGUCAGGGUUCCUGGUGCGAAAAAGGAAUCAAACAGAUCAGAAAACUCUGGAACUGUGUAUAUUCCAUGUCACUUUUUAUGGAACAUCUGCUGGUGGAGGAGAAUCUUCAGGAUGAAAACAUGCAGGGACUGAUAAGAGGCCAUACAUUGUUCCUUGGGCAGCAUCUGGGAAACUUUACAGAUAUAAAGACAGUCAGACCUUUCAUGGCUGUUGUAGAUGCACUUCACAAAUGCAGAAAUGAAGUUGCUGAAUCUGUAUCAAGGUUUGGAAUGCAAUUGUGCACAGUUUGCCGUAGUGACCCAAAUGAGCCUGUCUGCCUUGAUUGUGGCCAUUUUUUCUGCCGAUCCUGUCUGAAGCAGUGGCUGGACACCCCUAACAGGACUUGUCCAUUGUGUAAACAUCCGGUGCCAGAAAAUUUCACCAUGGUUGUCUCUAAAGAAAUCAGGGAUUCCCUACAGAAAAAUAUUGAGUUUAGAAAACAAUGCAAUGGAUUUUUCGUGGAUAUCGUAUGCAACUUGUGCUUCAAGGACAACAGCCCACCAGAUGACGAGGUCAUACAACAUCUACUAUCCUUCCUGUUCAACACUGAUUUAGGGUCUGUGAGUUUCACACGUUCACUUUCCCCCUUUGAGGAUGCUGUAGACAAAACCCCAGUGAUACGCUCUGUCAUUUUGAAACUGCUGCUGAAGUACAGCUUUGACAUCAUCAUGAAGCAUGCGCAAGAAUAUUUUAACAAAGUUAAAAUGAGCAAUCUUCUUAAACUUGCAGACACAAAAGAAGUUUACGUGCUAUUCAUUAACUGUUUAGAGGAUUCACUAUAUGAAAAGAAGCAAAAAGUUCAAAAUGAAAAUGAAAAACUCAAAUAUUUGGAAGUGGAAGCACUGUUCUUGCAAAACUACUUAAGAAGCAGCGAGCAGCAAAGAAAGGAGGAGACAUCUGUAAAGCUACUUCAGGAUGUGGCCAGGGUGAGGCUGGCACUUGAUGUGGCAGCAGAAGUGAUGUCAGUCAAACCCAGAGGGGGCAUAAAUGAACAAUACAUGAGAUGUGUGAAAGAUUUAUGUUCCAGGUCUGGCAAUGAUUGGUACAGAGUUUAUCUAAUCCGCAAACUAGCUAAUCUGCAUGGCAUGGACACAGUCCAAAGACAUUUUAAAGACCCUGCAUUCAAAUGGCUGUUCCCUCGAGAAAUGCUGCAAAAAAAGGACACUGAGACAAAUCAAAUGGACCAUUUCUUGGUAUGUGGUGAAAGCUACAAAGUACUGAGGGACGGUAUAAGCAGAGCAAUGAUGGAAGGCAAAGAAGAAAGGCUUGCAACUGCCAUAGAGGAAUGUAAAAGCCGGGAUCAGGCACUGGCUGUCCACCUCUUGCUUGCUGUAUUCCGUGAAAUAACCUUGUACUAUGGGGUACGCAACUGUGGUCAACAAGGAACAGCACACACUGAACAGAAGGCUGUGAUGGACUUUAUAAAAAAUGCCCAAAUGUUCAAGGACAGAUCUCUGAAUCAGUUUUUGGAGACACUGCUGAGGAACAACCGACCAUUCCUCCAAGCUGUUCCCGGGAUGAGAGGGUCAUACACAGCCAUUUUUGGAUUAGCCAUGCACUUGGCCUCCAUUCUUCUAUCUGGAAAUAACCAAAUUUUAGUACCCUUGAAAAAUCUCUCAUUCUCUUCUGCUAGAAUGCAGAACUCCUUUUUGCCAACCAUGCCAGAGGACAUGCUCUCCAAUGCUAGAUCUGCAGUGGCGGAACAGCUGCACUGGUAUGUUUGUCCCAAUGGCCACUACUGUGCCAUCGGAGAGUGUGGUCAGCCAAUGCAGACUAGUCGAUGUCUAGAUUGUGGUGUCGAAGUUGGAGGCCAAAAGCAUGCACCCGUUCCAGGAUUCCUGAGAAUUCAGCAGGAUGUAGACCGAACACAGACUGGACAUGUGUUGGGGGACUCGGCUCGUCAGGGCCCAGCUGUUGCACCAGACCGAGAUAUAGCGGCCCCUGCCUUUAUUUUACUAAGGAUGAUAACGCAUCUGGCAAUGCUUCUGGGAUCAGAAGAGGAUAAUCAGAGCCUGAUGCACAUUGUGAAGCCACCAGUUCAAGAUGUUAGAAAUUUCAUUUUCCGUCACAUUGAAAGAGAUCUGGAAUAUCUGAAGAACAGUCUUGGAAAAAGCACAGAUGACACCACAACUGUUGUACAUCUUGUACUUGACAAAAUGUUGAACCCUCAACGGUCUGGACAGUGGCCGGUCAACUUUGAUGAUGUUUGGUCAACCAAACAAAUGAGGAACAGCUGGGAGAAGCAUUUUGCAUCAAUGGUCAUUACCCCUGUGCUCAGGAGCUUAGACAGAGACCUAAUGGCUGUGAACAAUUACAUCCGUCAAGAUGAGAGAAUUAGUUCCAAUCCUGUAGUGAAGGUGGUGUAUGGUGACCCUCUGAUAAGUGGAGAGAAGAUGGACUUGCCAAAGCACAGUAAUGUGUAUUGCUCUAAGAUAUGGAGCUGCAGAGAACGGAUCUCCAUUGAAUAUAUUCUACAUGCCGUCCAGCAGAAUGGAAAGGACACUCUGCCUCUACUCUGGAAAUUCCUGGAGAAGGAAACUGAACUUCAGAUGGUGAAGUUUUUGCCAAAUAUUUUAAAACUUCAGAAGGAUUUGGUGAAGAAGUUCCAAAAUUACAGGGACCUCAAUUAUACAACUAUUGAAGAAUUCAUAAAGAACAUAAACUCUGGUGGAGCUGGCUAUAUUUUUACUGAGCGUAUACAAGAAUUCAUGCUUGCUUGGAAUCAUCUACGGCUUUCCCUGCAGACCAACGGUGAAAUAAAGCUCCCAGAAGGCAUGUGUGAUCAGAUCCUUACCAUGGACAGUGAAUUUGAGUUUCUUCUUCCUCGUCGGCAGGGACUAGGCCUGUGUGCUACAGCCCUCACCAGCUACCUCAUAGCACUGCACAACAGUUUUAUUUACGCACUGGCAAGAUACACCAACAUUGAACAAAUGUACUCCAUUAAAGCUUCAGAAGUAAUGGAUCUACAUGUGAUCAGUUAUGAGCUGGAAAAGGAUCUAGUGCCUAUAAUCUUAUCCAACUGCCAAUAUAGUCUUGAGAGUGGCAAAGAGACUCUACAAGAAUUCGACUUUCCAAAGAUCCAGCAUCAACUGACCACUCGCCUCUUCCAAGGGAAGCCUCUCAUCACCAUGGUUGGAUUGCCAACUCUCACCCUUUCCCAUGACAGAAACUACAAGAAUCUGUUUGCAGAUGUAAAGAAAAGACUUCCUCAGGACUCUUUAUCAAACUCCGCAAUAGAUGCCAUAAGCAAAGACCUGAAUGCAUUCAGUGAUGUCUGUGAGGCCUUAAACAUUGUGGACAUCUCACUGGGAUUUCUGGCAACGUCAGGAGAAAAUCCAGAACUUUCCUUAACAGAAUAUGUGGAAGAAAUCUUACAGAUGAGAGAACAGAGCAGCGCACAUGUUCUCGAGGCACUGAAACGCUGUCACUUGAAGAACACAAUUGCUCUUUGGCAGCUUCUUACUGCACUGAAGUCACAACAUCUUUUACAUCUAAAGAGGGAUCCAUUUGAAAAUGUGGACAAAGCAUACAAGCAGGGACUAGGCAAGGAGGGGAAACACGCACUUAAUGUGUUCCUGGAGCAGAAUGGCACCAACCUUUUCCUUCUGGAGCUACAUGAGAUGAUCGUGUUGAAAUUACGAAAUCCACAAAGUGCACAGGAUUUCCCACCUUCUUGGAUCCUAAGGGACGUGAUGGUCCCCUUUCUUGAUGAUAAAGAGGUUACCUUCCCAGAACUGGAGAAUGACUUCCCUGAACAAAUUGCACUAGCCCACUGCAUUGAAGCGUGGAAGGUUGCUGCCACUAAGAAAUGGAAUCGCAUUUAGCCACUUGAAAGGGAUAAAAGUGGCUGUGAAGUCUGUGUACUGCAUUUCAAGACCUUAUAUUGCUGCUGCUAUCUCAGGCUGUUUAUUAUUUUUAUAAAUGUUAGAUUUUGUUCUGGUAUAAACAUGAUAUAGUUAUCUACAUAUGCACAGGAUGCAUAAUAAAAUAUAUAUAGCAAUAAUUAAAUGUGAUAUACUAGGAAAAAAUAAAGAACGACUAAUAGCUUAAAAUUUGUGCAAAAUAGGUUAUUGCAAUUCUGUCUUUUAACAAGCUUAAAGCCAGUCUACAACUUAGAGUUUAACGUUGCCUUUUAUUUAUGUAGUAAGUGUCUGUAGUUUAUGCAUCAGAGAGUCUAUAGAUUACAUUUUCAGUUCACUGCCCAGUGCCCAUGCUAGACUUGGACACGCCACAGUCAUUCAGUUAUAAAAAUGACAACAGAGGGAAUGCAGAGAUAUUUUCAUUCUUUAACGGCGCUAGGCUGUAAGUUAUCAGUGCCUUACAGAGGCAAGUGUGGCAGCUACAAAGCUGUAUGAGCAGAGCCCGGCUCUCUGCCUCUGAUAUUGUUACCAUAACUCGGGUAUAAAUAUAUACUAUGCUUACCAAUUACAGACCAGAAAAAAUAACCAGUCAGCACACUUCAACUUUUGUACUUUUCAAACAAACACAUUUUACUGGUUAUAUGGAACCUAACAAUACUGAAUAUGCACUUAUAAAAUAAUCAAUAUAAAAUGAUAAUUCAAAGACCUUGUGGCGGUCAUUCCCAAGAGCUAGAGACAUGGUUUUCCUAAAAUAUAUCAGCUUUUUUUUUUUAUUGUUAACUGUAGUGUAUCAUUUUGUAUUUUACUGUUCUUUCAUAUAAAGGACAAAACAUUUCCUGGGAAAUGGUAAAACCAGGAAGCCACUAGUAGUGUCAGUUGAUUUACAAUUGACCUUGCCAGAAAGUCUAUUGAACAGCUAUAGGCGUAGAACCUUGUGAACAUUCCUAGAACAUUUUUAGUCAUGCUCAUUAACAUACUGCAAAAUCAGCAAUGAUGCUCAAAGUGCAGUAAACCUAAUAAGCAAUCAGGACUCGUUUGAAACAAAUUUGUUUCAAUUUGUUGCAGGUUAUUGCGCUUGUCAUAUUGCCGUUUUGCACAUACCAAAGAAAAAUUCUGUAUAUACAUUCCCAGUCUAAUUUCAGUGGUAUGUAUUUACUGUGGCUACAGAUGAUUCAUGUAAUUGAUACUGAAAGCAUUAUAUGACAUAUUUGCCAUAUCUACGUACCAGGUUUACAAAUGUAGCUUAUGCCGUAUAUAGUUAUGCACAAAAAAGGGUUUACACUUGAAAGUUAAUAUUGUUAAGUCAUUAAAAUACUCCAGCAGGCUACCUAAGCUAGGAACGUGCAGGUGGGACCUAACUAUCCAUACCACAUAUAGUAUAACAUGGCACUUUACGUUACUUUAACUUGCUUUGUGCCAACAAAAGCUGUACGAUUCUAGUUAUGUGCAAUUAAUGCAUAGAUUUUUUUUAUGUUUUGUAUCAUUUAAAGAAAACAGGAAUGUCAUUAAAAUGGAAUUAUGAGAAAAAUUAA